AUGGGCAAGAGGAAGGCUUCAGGCAUUCUCCCUUCCAUCAGCCUCUCCAGUAUCCGACAGGACCGCGGGCCGCCCAUCUGCGCCGCGGGCUGCUCAUCCGAGCAGAGCGGGGCCGCCUCGUCCAGCUGCGGGCCACGCCCGCCCGAGGGCGGGGACAUCAGGCAGAGGCCGCGUCUGCAGUUCGCCGAGCGCUCAGACGCCCCGAGGGUCGAGUUCACGAGAGGCGGAUCACAGCAGGCGGCACUGGCAGCGGCGAGGUCAGAGGAUUCCAGACACGAGGCUUUGGCGAGAUUGCAGGAGGACUUCGUCGCGGCCUCAGCCAAAGGAGCGAAGGACUCACUGCUUAAAACGUGGCAGACACUGCACAUCAACUGGUUCGGCCCGCACACGCCAGUACUGCCCCUCACAGCUGAGAAGCUGCAGGCGGUCGGCGCGCUCUUCAAAGCGGGCAAGUACAGGUCGUUCGCGAACUACCUCACGAAGAUCAAGGAGCUGCACCUGGAGCAGGGUGGCGAGUGGUCAGACCAGCUCGACCUGGAAGCGAGGCGCGUCACUAGAUCCGUACUCAGGGGCAUCGGGCCAGGCAACCAGAAGGAGCCGAUAGACCUCACUGCGAUCGUCCAGCUAGCCAAGGACGGCAAGAUCAGCGACCUACCCGUUACGCCAGCUGGACCAAUUGGCCCUGGGAACAUGACGGCGGCAAGCGUGUUCUUCAUGCUGCGGGAGAUCGAGAGUUCGCUCACGCUGUACGCUAAUGUGAUUAUCGACGUAGAUCGCCAGGAGGUCAAGUGGAUUCUCCCAGGCUCGAAGGCGGACCCUUCAGCUCUGACUACGUCGCGUGCGUGGGGCUGCUUGUGCGAGGCAGCGUCUAGCUUCGCAUGCACGUUCCACGCGGCCAAGAGGCAGAAGGAGCUGGUACACCGCAGCUUCGCCGACCCGCAGGGAGUCACCCCCCCAGGAUUGCCGUUCUUCCCGACGAUCACGGGCAAGACCGUCCAGAAGGAGGAGGUGGUGGCCACGUACGAGACCAUGUACACCAUGGCGGGCCUCCCCAUCAAGGACGCGGACGGCAACAGGCUCCUGGGCGGCCACUCUGCGAGGUUGGGCGGAGCCAGGAUGCUGGCGUCCGUGGGCCUGCACGUCUACCAGAUAGAGUUGAUGGCGAGAUGGCACUCGCCGAUGCUGCUACACUACGCCAAGGAGGCACCACUGAAUAAGAUCACGCAGGACUUCGUCGAGAAGAAAAGCCUUCUACAUGUCAAUGAGGCGCUGCAGGCACUACGAGUACGGCUAGAUGAACUAGCCACAAGAGAAAAGCAGGAGGCCGGCGCGGCUUCACGAGAGGCCAUCAGCCAGCUCGAGGCGAAGAUCAACGAGGUCGACUCCAAGACGGCGGCGGCGCUGCAGAAGGAGAUCAGCGACCUCAGGAGCGGGCUAUGCACGCCCGCGAAGGGCGCCAUCAUCAAGAACAACGCGACGGGCUCCUGGCACGCCGUCGCGAUCGAGGGAAUGCAUAUCGAGCCGGACCUGUGGCGUACCAGAUGUGGCUGGAAGUUCAGCAGGUCGAGCUACUCGAGGCGGGUCGGCGACCUGCCAGAGGACGUCGACCAGAAGCGGGUGUGCGAGAAGUGCUUCGGGGUCCGCGUGGACGGCUAG